CUAAUGGUAAUGGUCCAUCAAAUUUAAGCGCUGAAGCUGAAACAGUAUCAUGUCAGAAGAAUUGUUGAUGAAGAAUGUACGUGACAAUAUAUUAUUGAGGAUUUGGAAUGUUUAUUUGAAGCUUGUUGUGACGUAAAAUAGACAAUUGAAACUGGAACUGGAGUUUUGAAGACAGUUAAAUUCAUGAUGGGCAGUAAUUUGAAAGACCUUGUCAUUCUUGGAAUAACGUGGUCAUGAUCAUAAUCUGAAGUUUAGAGCCUCAGAGCAAUACAAAACGCAUGCCUUAACAAUGUGCCAAGAAUGAGUGUAUAGCGCAGCAGUGCUCAAUGUGAGGUAGAAGGCGAGAAAAGAGAGAGAUAGGAAGAGUGAGAGCAGCAGUCAGCAGUGGCCAGCUAGCAGCGCCACACCAGUACCACACGGUGACAGCAGCAGUGAAAGCAGCACAGGAAUACCAGCAACGGUGAUGCUGGUGGUGGCGGCAACUGAGCAAAACCAAGUGAGCGUGUGACAGUGGAGAAGCAUCCAGAGGAAGUGAGAUCGAGAGCGGAGGAUUUAAGGUAUGGUGAAAUGUGAGCUGGAAAGAGAGAGAAGACCGGUAGAAACCCAUUCAUCUUGGCGCGCCUAGCUUGCCUGGGAUUGGUCCUCUGAUCGUAAGGUCAUGCACCGAUUGGUCCGUUCUGUUUACCAGCUGUGCUAUUCAGAGGAGAGGGGCUGCAAGAGACAAGCGGCGCCAUUAUUGUAAGGGGUUACAUUUAGCUGGCUGUAGUGUAGUACGCGGUGUUCAGGAUAGGGGGCUAUAGUACCUUCAUGCAUGGCCCAUAAAGGAUUCGUCGACUAUCCGAGAAGUACGCAAGAAACGGCAUCUAACACCUGACAAGCCGUGAUCUCCCAUUCUCCCGCGCCUUACAGCCCUAUUUCAAGGGUUAAAAUCAACUACUCCAGACGGAUCCUUUUAUCGUUGUUGACAUUCUCGUGCUAUUUAAUAUUUAUUAUUAUUGAUAAUUAUUAAUAACUGUAGUAUUUCAUCGAUUAUUAAUAUUAUUUAUGUGAUCAUAAUUGUGCAUUGUGUUUUGUUAAUUAGUAUAAUUAUCGUGUAGCAAGAUAAAGACUAAAGUGGUUGAUUGAUUAAAGAAGAACAUGGUGUGUUUCUAGUCGAUGGUUUUAAGCCUAAUAAUAUUAAGUAACGCUUCUGAAACAGUUUGUUUGAAACUUGGGCAAAUAGCUGUUACUAUUUUAGCAUGGUGUGUUAUGUGCCCUGUUGCAUAAGUGGUAGUAAAAGUGAGGAUAAAGUACCAAUAAAGAGAGUUUAAGCGAGGGGGAGGGUGUGAGGCUUAUACCAGGAGGAGGGGGAUGCCAACAAACGCAUGAAAACAUCUUGUGGAUUUAAAAAGGACACCAUUUGUGAAUUUUUAAAAUACAGUGUUUGUAAAUAACAGAAUUGGUCUAGCAUGCUUUGAGCUUACAACCAACAGUCCAAGGAAAAUUUACCAAGUUUGAGGUAACAAUUACAAUGAUGGGUUCAAAUAAUCUCGAGGGCAGAUGUUGACUGCCCUUAAUCGAGUGCGGGGUUCGCUUGCGCAGCGAUGAGUUCUAAGUUCAUAAUCGAUAGUAUGCUACCUAAGUAUCACCAACAAUUUCAUCAUCAACAGUUAUUUGCAACUUCAAAUCCAAGUUCUCUUCAGACUUGCUCAGGUGGAUCAUCUACCGCAAGCCUAGAGUCCAGCCUGUCGGCAGCAGCCGUAGCCGCGGCAGCUGUCAAUUACGCUCAUCACAGUUCGCCCUCACCAACAGGCUCUAGUCCUCAGCACUCAGGAAGCUCUGCCUCAACAUCACCGGCGGCAAGAACAGCUUCUAGCAUGUACCCCUACGUGUCCGCAGCAGCGGUACAUCAUCAUCAUCAGCAACAACAGGCGGUUGCUGCAGCAGCUUUUGGUGCAACCUCGUCUAUGGUACCUGGAUUCGGGUCAUCGGUUGCUUCUAGCGCAGCAUUGGCAGCAGCUGCCGUUGUUGAUGCUGCCAAUGGUGAUAAAUCCUGUCGAUACACCGCCAGUCUUACCGGGAACGUCGCGCCCAGUUCCACAGAUCCUAUAGUCAAUUACAAUUUAAGUCAUCAUCAUCAGAAUGGUGGUGCUUCCAGUGGUCUCGUCUCAUCAUCACCCUCAUCAGCCGUGUCUGCCGCUUCAGCUUCCAUGGCAGCAGCGGCACAGUUCUAUCACCAAGCCGCCGCAGCGUCUGUUGUUGAUCCGCUGACUUCCUGUCAGCAGCCCACUCCCGGACAACCAGGAAUACCUGACAUUCCCAGAUAUCCUUGGAUGUCUAUAACAGAUUGGAUGAGCCCGUUCGAUCGAGUUGUGUGUGCCGAAAAUUUCCUUCCAGGUCCAAACGGAUGUCCGAGACGUAGAGGUCGACAAACCUACACACGAUUUCAGACUCUCGAAUUGGAAAAAGAGUUCCACUUUAACCACUACCUAACAAGACGACGGCGAAUAGAAAUAGCACAUGCCCUUUGUCUUACAGAACGACAGAUAAAAAUAUGGUUCCAGAACAGGCGGAUGAAGCUGAAAAAGGAGCUGAGAGCGGUUAAAGAAAUCAACGAGCAGGCAAGACGGGAACGAGAGGAACAAGAUAUGAUGAAGAAGCAGCAGGCCGAGAAGCAAGCCAAGAUGCAAGAGCAACAAAAUGCUCUCCAGCAUCAACAGCAUCAUGUUAGUGGGUUAGAUAAGGCACAGAAUGAUCUCCUAAAAGGCGUUAGCAAAGUACCGACAUAGGUAAUAGGGUUAAUGUAAGUCAAUAUUUGUUGUCAUUUAUGAGAUUGGUCCCAGGACGACAAUAGCUGUAAAUUAAAGACACAUUAGCGUGAUCCAAUUGGGAUUAAACUGCUCCCAUCAAAACGUACUUACCUGGUUGUCCAGGACGAGGAAAAGCCUCAGCCACCCGGUGACUAUGUUUGACUGAUUUGUAGAAUGUAUUUUUAAAAAAAUUUAACAAAACACAAAAAAAAUAACGCAACAUGGACAUUAACUAGCAGAGACAAUGAUCAACAAUCAAUUAAAGAAAAUCAAUUGCAAAGCUGACUAAGAACAAUGAAGAGAGAAGAAAAUGCGAUACCUUAAAGAUUUGUCGUGCCACUGUGUGAAAAAACAAAUCUGUCAUGUUUUUCGGUGCAUGGUUGAGUUGAUAACCUGAAGUUGGUAGUCAUUGGCCUCUAAUUGAUGACUGGAAGAAUAAUGGCUGUCUCCGCAUGGAGCGUGAUCGAAUGAAGGUUGCUAUUAAAUGAAAUGUAAGAAUCUCUUGGCAUAUUUACAGCCUCAAUUUAUUCAGUACAAUUGGUUGCAUAGAUAUCCGACAUGGCAGUUCAAUGGUCGAUCUACUGCAUAAAUACGAUCUCUUUGCCGCAUAAAAUAAACAUCAAUGUGUUUAGUGCGGAUCUAAGAGUCAGUCGUCGAACGAUCGUUUAGUUGAUUCCGAGUGUUAGUGUAUAUCAUCGGCUGCUAGCUGCUGGUACAUUUUAUACAUAAACAUAUACACAUACAUGUAUCUACACGUUAAACUUUCAUGUGCAAAAAAAAGCAAGAAGCAGAUAAUACCAGCAUGAAUCUCUUGAAGGACGUUCGGUAUCGAUGACGCUCAACUUCUCUGGGUACACAUAAAUGCCGGCUUUCAAGGUGGCCCGCUUCUUUGAUAUCCGAAGAAUUGACGACCAUAUCCUCAGGACUGUAUCACCUUUACAACACAUACAUGCACACGUGACACAGAAGAGUGAAUGAUUUUCUGAAACUGGAAACUAGGCCUCUUAUCGAAGUUACGGUUGAAGAACGAAUAACGAUAAUUGAUAUUAAACAUCAUCGAUAAUACUGAUAUUAAACUUAAUUUCUUUAGAUUUUUUAUUUUCAAAUUGUUUUUUUUUGUGUGUUAUUGAGGAAAAUUUACAUAGUUUUUUUAACGUUGACUAAAAUUUUUUUAUUGCUGUGGUAAAAAUUAAUAUGGGUUUAAGUUUUUGUUGUACUGUUCGUAGCCUAAUACUUACGUCAAAGCUCGUCGAUUGAUUAUUUAAAUGUUUUUGUUGAUACUAUUUAUCCUUGACC